AUGGAUGCUGCAACAUUAUCCAGACUGGAAGAGUUCGAGAAAACUAACAAGUUUUAUGACGCUCUUCAAUUUUAUCGGACUAAAGUUACUCGAAGUUUCCGUCUAAAGUCGGCGAAUGAAGUGGCUCUCGCUCUCGUGAAACAUGCACUCGAAUUCUUUUUCAGAGAAAAGCAGUAUCAGUGUGCCAUAGAUAUUACAACUCAAUACGCCGAAUGUCUCUCAAAAAACAAUGCAGAUCUUGCGACACCAACGCUUGAAUUGCUCGCCGACAGCGUUGCCAAAUUCGCCAACUUUGCAGAAAUCGAAAAGGAAGCUGGUAAUACUCAACAGGAACAGUUGCUCAGCACUGCACGGUGUAAAUGUGUUGAUUUGGCAAUCCAAUGGACAAAGCAGAAAUCUACUUCUGCCGAUGAAAAGAAAUAUGGAUCUGCCGCCUUCCACACUAUUCUUGCCAAGAAGUUUCUGGCUGUUGACCAUUUUGAGCUGGCUAAGAAUCAUUUCUUGCUUUCUGACGACUCCAAAUCAUUUUCUCAAUUUCUGAAGGAAAAACUUGUCAAGGAACUGAAUAGGUACCAGGAAUCAGAUUUGAUAAUUGUGGAAACAGUCCUCCAGAUUCUCUGUCUCGAUCGUUUUCCAUUCGCUGUGGUAGUUUUCAAUGACUUCGUGAAGCCAGAAAAGUAUCCGUUCAGCAAACCAAUUCUCAAUUUCCAACAUAUUUUAUUCGACGUCAUCGAAACCGAAAAUCAACCACAAUAUUCGGAACUGACCGCCAGCUAUCAGUCGGAAUUGAAGCGUUCGUAUUCCUUCGUUGGAUAUCUGACAAGAAUUGGUAAAAUGUACUUCGGAAUUCGCGAUAAUCAAUGCAUGAGUGGUGGACUGGGCGGACUUUUCUCUGGAUUGCUCGGUGCCCAGAAGGAGGAUGAAAGUGCUCGUUCACACAUUACUUCUCGAACUCCAGCUCGCCAAAUUCCUGCUGCAACAACUCAGCCAGCUCCAUUUAAUCCAUUUACUGCGUUUGCACCACCACCUCAAUCAAAUCAUGUUCCAAAGAAAGUUCAGAAAGUGGAAAUGGAAGAGGAUCUGGAUUAG